AUGGAGGCUUCUGCAUCGAGGGCCGCAGAGAAAAAGGACAAAAUGGACGGGAACGGAUUCUCCGACCUCCCGAAGAAGCCCUCGCCCUCGGAGACGAGAGCCCCCCACCACAUCUUCCCCACCUUCCACACGCCGAUCCCGAUUGACAUGCGCCAUCACGAGGGGCGGUACCACUACGAGCCCCACGCGCUGCACGCCAUGCACGGCCCCCCAGGUCUGGCCGGCAGCCCCGUCAUCUCCGACAUCUCCCUGAUCCGCCUUUCUCCCGCCGCCGUGGCGACCGGCGACUCUCCGUUCAGCCCGCCUCACCCGUACGUCAGCCCCCACAUGGAGCACUACCUGCGCUCCGUGCACGGCAGCCCCACCCUGUCCAUGAUCUCAGCGGCCCGAGGACUGAGCCCUGCCGACCUGGCCCAUGAGCAUUUAAAGGAGCGCGGCCUGUUCGGGCUCCCUCCCCCUCCUCCGGGAGCCAGCCCAGCCGAGUAUUACCACCUGAUGGCCAGCCACCGGAGCCCCUACAGCGAGCUGCUCAUGCAGGGGGCCGGGUCCGCCGCGGGGGCUCACCUGUCUGACUACAUCACCCCCAUCGAUGUGUCGCGGUUCUCCAGCCCCAGGCUGACGCCCCGGCUGAGCAGGAAGCGAGCUCUGUCCAUCUCGCCGCUGUCGGACGCCAGCAUCGACCUCCAGACGAUGAUCCGCACCUCGCCCAACUCGCUGGUCGCCUACAUCAACAACUCGCGCUCCAGCUCGGCGGCCAGCAGCUCCUACGGACACCUGUCGGUCGGAGGCCUCAGCCCGUCCUUCCCCUUCCCUCAUCCCAUCAACCCCAUGGCCUACCAGCAGCUGCUCUCCCAGCAGCGAGGGCUCAGCGCCUUCGGCCACACUCCGCCUCUCGUGCAGCCUCCGCCCGCCUUCUCCGCCCGCCAGCCGGGCCUCGGCCUCUCCUCCCUGCCCGCCUCCGCCCACAACAGCGAGCUGUCGUCCAAGAACCUCAGCGGCGACUCGGCGGUCAGCAGCACGGUUGACCCCAUGAUCAGCAAAAGGUCAAAGGUCAAGACCGAAGCAGAGGGGCCGAGGCCGCUGUCUCCUGGUUCACCGAACCGGCACGGCAGCCUGCUGGACCUGAAGGACGACGCGGACCGAGACGAAUGCAAGCAGGAGCCGGAGGCCGUUUACGAGACCAACUGCCACUGGGAGGCCUGCAGCAAGGAGUACGACACACAAGACCAGCUGGUCCACCACAUCAAUAACGACCACAUCCACGGAGAGAAGAAGGAGUUCGUGUGCCGCUGGGACGACUGUUCGCGGGAGCAGAAGCCCUUCAAAGCUCAGUACAUGCUGGUGGUUCACAUGCGCCGACACACGGGGGAGAAACCACACAAGUGCACGUUCGAGGGCUGUGCGAAGGCCUACUCCCGUCUGGAGAACCUCAAAACUCACCUGCGCUCGCACACCGGCGAGAAACCGUACGUCUGCGAGCACGAAGGAUGCAACAAAGCUUUCUCCAAUGCCUCGGACCGAGCCAAACACCAGAACCGGACGCACUCCAACGAGAAACCCUACGUAUGUAAGAUCCCCGGCUGUACGAAGCGCUACACAGACCCCAGCUCUCUCAGGAAGCACGUGAAGACGGUCCACGGCCCGGAGGCCCACGUCACCAAGAAGCAGCGCGGCGAGCUGCCGCCGAGGCCGCCGGCGCCCAGGGAGAACGGCGAGAACGAGACGGCCAACAGAGAGAGACUCCAGAGGGAGGACAAGAUAUCAGACAACAGCCCCCCCAGAGGCAGGGAGGACUACCUGCACGUCAAAUCCAUCAAGGCGGAAAACUCUGUGAUGUAUCAGUCCAGCCCUGGCGGUCAGUCAUCAUGUAGCAGCGAACCAUCACCACUUGGCAGCGCCACCAACAAUGACAGUGGAGUAGAAAUGGCGGCGCACAGCGGGGGAAGCCUGGGGGACCUCAGCACCCUGGACGACCUGCCCUUCGUGGAGUCCUUGGGCUGUGAAGAUUCCACCGGCGGGGUCGCAGCGGUGGGUCUCCACUUCCGAAAGCAGCUCGGCACCAGCCAGCGCCUGGAGCAUCUGAAGAGGGAGAAGCUGAAGACCGUGAGGGACUCGUGUCGGUGGGCCAGCCACCCAACGGCCCUGGCCCUCGGCACCAAGCUCCCACCCAUACCAGCAAGUGGGUCCCUCCUGGAGAGUCCAAGUAUGGGUGGUGGUCCGGUGUCCUUCCCUGGUUCUUGCUUUGGUGAUCCGAGCUCUGGUAAAACGACUCUGCUGGAAAAUCUUUCAGAGCGCCGUGACAGCACCUCCAGUACCCUGAGCUCAGUGUACACCCUCAGCCGCCGCUCCUCAGGCAUCUCCCCUUGCUACUCAAGUCGGCGCUCAAGCCAGACCUCACAGUUCGGUGCCAACCGCCCAAACAACCUGAGCUCUGCCGACUCCUAUGAUCCCAUCUCUGCCGACAUCUCCCGUCGCUCCAGUCAGGCCAGCCAGUGUGGGGGAAGCAGCGGAGGAGCAGGCGGGUACGGAGGAAGGGGCUUACCUAGCCCUCUCAGCCUGACCCCAGCCCAGCACUACCGCCUGAAGGCGAAAUAUGCCGCUGCCAUUGGAGGUGCACCGCCUACACCUCUUCCAUAUAUGGAUCAAAUGUGUCUGAAGUCCCACACAACCCUGUAUGGCGACUCCCAAGAAUCCUCCACCACCAACAAAGUACCUUCGAGACAGUACAGCAGCUACACCACGCGGAGUCUGAUGCCCCACGAGGUGCCAUCUAACAUCCCCCGCAGAGCCAGUGACCCUGUGAGACGCGUGGCCACAGAUCAUCUCAGCCAGCCACAAAUGCAACGCUACAACAGCAUGGGCACGCUGAGCGGAGGUGUGACCAUGCAGCCCCACCCACCUCCUUCAGCAGAUCGCCAACAAUUACCCCAGCAAGGCUGCCUGAGAUCAAAUGGUAGUCCCCACCGCUACCCUUACAGCCUGAGGCCUCCCAGCAUCUCAGAGAACUUCACCAUGGAGAUGAUAGCGGGUGACAUCCCUGAGGAAGACCUGCUGCUGCCUGACCUCAGCGAUGACAACAGAGACACAACCAACACAGUGCCAACCAAUCAACAAGUUUUCCAAGGACCCCCCAGUCUCCAGCAGCAGGCAAACUAUCAGCAAGGGACAGCCAUCGUGAAUACCAACAUUAACUUGUCAGGUCGGGUUUUGGCCUCCAGCGCGAGUCCAGGGCAGCAACAACGCAGGUAUCCAUCUUCACCGAGUGACAGCAAGGCCAACGUACAUGUUCAGUGGAACAAAGUCUCUCGGGGUCUCAUGGAUGCCAGCCAACACGUCUCCAAACUACAGGUCAGAGGGAACCUGGCUGUCCUCCAGCAAAACCAGAACUUUGGAUCUUUUCCCAACAAUCUGAGCUCUGACCAGCGGGCGAUUGAAAACGUCGUUCACACAACGCAGCAGAGAUUCAAACAGCUGAAUACUGAACCAGGAACAAACUGCCUCCAGCAGCAGAGGUUCCAGCAGUCGUCCAAUCUCAAUGAGGGAAUGAGCUCUCAGUACAGGUUCAAUGAAGGCAUCCGUCCCUACGAUAAGAACGGUAACACCACUUAUCCACCGUGUAUGAACAGCGCAACACUCAUGCAAAGCCCCAUGUGCAAACAGGAGCCGGUAGACAUGGACACUAUUGACAUGCACUUUGCUGAUGCUGGAUUUCAGCCUGUGCAAGUUAAAACUGAGGACUGUGAUGGACCUAUCAUGAUUUCAGAUCAGCAGAACUGUAACAUGACCUCCCAGAAUCCCUUGCAAACUGGGAAUCAGAGCCAUCUCCAGCCGAGGCCACCAACUGCACCUAAAUCUGUAAACAGGCACCUUUCAGGGCCAAAGGUGAUUCUGCAAACAAGGCACCCAAAUAAUGCUAACUCGGAAGUUGCCUCCAGAUUACCCAGUGGUGUUGGUUUAGGACUUCACUGUAGCUCUGAUGACAACGCCUUGUACUACAUAGGGCAGAUUCAAGUUUUUGAGCCCAACGGGAACUUUGACCAUCCUGUUUCUCCUGUCGUGGACAUUCCUCCUUUCAAAAACGAUGCCGUGUCUCCCAGUUCAGGCGACAACCAGGCGUCCAGAACUUUAGACUGCAACGCAGCACCGGAGCAGGCGCAGAUAGACUUUAACAGCAUGCUGGACGACGGGGAUCACUCCAGCCUCAUGUCUGGAACCUUGAGUCCAGGCUUGCUCCAGAGCUUGUCCCAGAGUUCCUCUCGCCUGACGACGCCCAGGAACUCAGUCACGUUGCCCGCCGUGCCGGUGGCAACGGGGAACAUGGCCAUCGGGGACAUGAGCUCGCUGCUGACUGCUCUGGCAGAAGAGAGCAAGUUCCUGGACUUGAUGUCGUAGGUGCACUUCGGCUCGAACGUGUUUGCAGAACGUUUGAACUCCUGAUGCUCAACAAACGUCAGAUUGAUGUGAUUGUGUGCCAAAAAGGCGGCUCUUGUUUUCUUGUACAGUCUCAUUAUUUCAUUGUUUAAA